UGGUUUCGGUGGCUGUGAUUCUCCCAACUCUCAGAGCUGGGAUUGCUGAAUAUGAUGAGUACUUGCUGCAAAAGGCUGAAGAAGCCAAAAUGGCUUCUCUUGAGGCCUUCCAUUCUGACCCCAUGAAUGUCACUGACCACUUCAACCUUCAAGUCCAUUUAGCUUUGGAGGGGAGCAAUAGCACGAGGAGGAGCAUGAAGAAAUACAACGGGCCGUGCAUGGCCACAAACCCCAUCGACCGGUGCUGGCGUUGCGACCCAAACUGGGCCAACAACCGUAAGAAACUUGCCACUUGUGUGCUUGGUUUUGGCCGAAAAACCCGAGGCGGUGUGAAGGGUAAGAUCUAUGUCGUCACUGAUCCCUCUGACGCUGAUGUCGUAAACCCUAAACCUGGAACCCUAAGAUACGGGGCAGUCCAGAAGAAGCCAUUGUGGAUCAUCUUUGGUCGGAGCAUGAUCAUUACACUGUCCAAAGAGCUGCUUGUGGCCAGCCAUAAGACCAUCGAUGCCCGCGGCGCCAAUGUCCACAUUGCCUUCGGUGCUGGUAUCAGCAUCCAAUUCGCCAAGAAUGUGAUCAUCCACGGCCUCCACAUCCACCACAUUAUCGUUGCCACCGGCGGUCUGAUCAGGGACUCCACCAACCAUGUUGGCCUCCGAACAAACAGCGACGGUGACGGCGUCUCCAUCUUCGGUUCCACCAACAUCUGGCUCGACCAUCUCUCCAUGUCCAACUGCGCGGACGGACUCAUCGACGCAAUCCAAGGCUCCACUGCCAUCACCAUCUCAAACUCCCAUUUCACCCAUCACAACGACGUGAUGUUGUUUGGUGCGAGCGACUCGUAUCAGGGCGACUCAGUCAUGCAAGUGACAGUAGCGUUCAACCAUUUCGGUAAGGGAUUGGUGCAGAGGAUGCCCAGAUGCAGAUGGGGAUUCUUCCACGUCGUGAACAACGAUUACACCCACUGGCUCAUGUACGCCAUUGGUGGCAGCCAACACCCCACCAUUAUCAGCCAGGGCAAUCGCUUCAUUGCCCCACCCAACCCUGCCGCAAAACAGAUUACAAACAGAAACUACGCGACCGAGGCUGUAUGGAAGACAUGGACAUGGAGGUCAGAAGGAGAUCUAAUGAUGAAUGGAGCAUACUUUGUGCAGUCUGGAAAUCCAAGCAAACGAAGGCCAUACAGCAGGCAUGACAUGAUCAAGGCCAAGCCUGGAACUUUUGUUAGGAGGCUCACUCGUUUCUCUGGCUCACUCAACUGCUUUGUUGGUCGCCCUUGCUAAACGAACACCACCCACCCACAACACAACAACAACACAGCAAUCACACCAUUUUUUUUCUUUUUUUUUUUUAAAUUAUAAAUUUCAUCAUUUGUUCUGAGUUUCUUUUUUACCUUUUUCUGAAAAAAAAAAUAAUAAUAAGAGAGAAAGAGAUAGAGGAAAGAUAGAGAGGGUGAAGAGUCAAUCAAAGCCAGCAAAGAGAAGAAGAGGAGAGAAAGAGAGAGAGAGAGGAGGGAUUUAGUGUUGGUGUACUAUUGAUUCAUUCAUACAUUCUUCACUUUGCUUUGGUUUCAAUGAGAGAUGUCCCAUGUGCUUGAUAAUAUUA